AUGCCGCUGUUUAAAGACUCACUUCCACUGCUAAUUGCUUUGGUUAACUUCAAAAGCACACUUGGACUUUUGUAUCCUGCCUCAACGCUGUUACAGUUGACUGCAUCUCUUUCGGUGCCUGUUAUCGAUUUACCGAAACUACGUCAAAUAUCGUUGGAUUGGGGUUUCCAAAUGAACUACGAACUGCCAUACAAUUUGUCAUCAUUUUAUAAUAUACCUAUUUGGCCAGGUCUAAUAGGUAAUGUUCAGAGACGUAGUUUAGCCAACUCAAAGCAAUUAAAUUUACUCUAUGAAGAGUUUAAUAAUGAAACACUAGGACUGGAUCCAUAUGAUUAUGAUUACUCUGCGGGUGAAAUCUAUAGAGGUCUGCAAGAUGUACUAAUAGGUUAUGGAUAUCAUUCAAGUUGUCUUCAACGUAGCAUUUGCGAACUAAGCCAGCAUCCAUUUGCCGAUACUGAAAGCAAUUAUUUAACUGAAAUUCUCACAUUUAUUUUGAGUCCUACACGGCAUAAAAGCUUUAAGAGUAUUGAGUGGGAGGAAAAGCAAUCUUUCGAAAUGGCAGAAAAGUAUGGAUUUGAAGGUAAAGAGUGUGCAGAGAUUUAUAGGGAGUGUAAUGAGAAUAUUUUUGAUCAAAUUUCUAAAUGUUUCAUUGGUAAUAUUAAAACUCUUGUAACUAUUUUAAGUGAUAUAGCAAAAUAG